CAGACAGCUAACAGAAGAUUUAUCUCAGUUGGAGAGCAUCAUGAAGAUCAGGGCCGGGUGAAACAUGGAUGGAUAGCUUGGAUGGCCCACUCUUGGCCAUCUCUGGCUUGGCAACUAUGAAUAUGACCCAAGAGAGCAGAAGAUUGGUCCAAAAUGCAGAUGUUCCUCCCCUGAGAUCACAUUAUCACUGGCCAGCGCACAGGAGUGUAGACACAGACCCCAUGCCUUACCCCCCAGCCACACUGCGGUACUCCCACUGGGGCUAUGUGGAAAUUAAGCCUGAGGUUCCAGUUGUUCUGGAGCCUGUCUCACCCUUGGACCUGCGCACAGACAUAAGGAUGCUGGGCCCCGGGUCGGAUCCAAGUGUCUGGGAGAAACAGCUGCAGCAGGAGCUGCUCCUGAUCCAGAAACAGCAGCAGAUCCAGAAGCAGCUGCUGAUCACAGAGUUCCAGAAACAGCAUGAGAACUUGACCCGUCAGCACCAGGCCCAGCUACAGGAGCACAUCAAGCUCCAACAGGAGCUGCUGGCCAUGAAGCAGCAGCAGGAGCUGCUGGAGAAGGAGCGCAAGCUGGAGCAGCAGAGCCAGGAGCAGGAGCUGGAGAGGCACCGCAGGGAGCAGCAUAUCCUCAUCCUGAGGAACAAAGAGCGCACCCGAGAAAGUUGGACAGGUGCAGUGGCCAGCACAGAAGUCAAGCAGAAACUCCAGGAAUUUCUGUUGAGUAAGUCGACCAAGGAUCCUGGCGCCAACGGUGUCAGUCAUUCACUGGGCCACCACCCCAAGCUCUGGUACACGGCUGCUCAUCACACCUCACUGGAUCAGAGUUCACCCCCACUGGGCGGGACAUCCCCCACCUACAAGUACACCCUCCCUUCAUCUCUGGACAGCAAGGAUGACUUUCCGCUGAGGAAGACGGCCUCUGAGCCCAACCUGAAAGUGAGGUCACGGUUGAAACAGAAGGUGGCGGAGAGAAGGAGCAGCCCAUUGAUGAGGAGAAAAGAUGGAAACAUUAUUACUCCUUUCAAGAAGAGGACUCUUGAAUUCAUGGACUCAGCAAGCAGCAGUGCUCCAGGGUCCGGACCCAGCUCUCCCAAUGGGGCGUCCAGUGCCCUGGGAGCUGAAAACGGUCCCUCUUCCCUACCCACCACUACACAAACUGAGCGCUGGCCCACACGCCAGAGGGUACUGAAGCCUGAAGAAUCUAUGACUUUGCUGAGUCUCUACACAUCUCCAUCUUUACCCAACAUCACCUUGGGUCUCCCUGCUGUGUCCUCACCCAUAAAUGCUGCCAUGGUCCUGAAGGACAAGCAGGGAGAUGGCGGCAGUGUCACUGCCGUGAGACCGGCUCUGCCUGCUCAGUUCCUGGGCGUGCCCCUUCAGUCGGGAGUCGCCCUGGAGACCAAGGUCAGCAGCAGCCACCAGGCGCUCCUGCAGCACCUCCUUCUUAAAGAGCAGAUGAGGCAGCAGAAGAUCCUCACUUCAGGCCCAGGCAGCACCCCUGUCCUUCCUCAGUCCCCCUUGGCCAUGAAGGACAGACCUGCCUCCAGUGUGCGCCACAAACUGCCCCGACACCGGCCCCUGAACCGGACCCAGUCAGCACCGUUGCCCCAGAGCACUCUGGCCCAGUUGGUCAUCCAGCAACAGCACCAGCACUUCCUGGAGAAACAGAAACAAUACCAGCAACAGGUCCACAUCAACAAGAUGCUGUCUAAAUCGAUCGAGCAGCUACGGCAGCCCAAUGCACACCCACAGGAGUCUGAGGAAGAGGACCCCAAGGAGCAGCCUAUGCAGGAGGACAGGGUGCCCCCUAGUGGCGUCAUCCGGAAUGGCAGCCAAAACAGCAGCAGCAGCAGUUGCAGCAGCAGCUCUGAUGGAGAAUUCUCCGGCUCCCACCCGGGGGUCGUCAAGGUCAAAGAGGAGCCACCCGACAGUGAAGAUGAGGGCCUGGCCAAUCAGAGCAAAGCAGCAAAGCAGAACACCUACCUUCACCAGGUAAAGGGGAAAGAUUUUGCCCGGAGGUUGGUCAUAAGGGCUAUCAUAUGAAAAGUCACAGAGAUAGCGAGAGAUCACGCACUCAGAUACAUGCAGACACAAACAGCGGGUAUACAGGGAAAGAUCCAUCUCUUCUAUCUUGAGAAAUCGGGUUUUGCAGCACACAAAAACACAGUGACUUUGUUUCUGAGCCCUGGACAGCUUUUGUUGGUGAUAUUGUGUAGUGAUCUCUGUACUGUUGUUUUGAUGUUCUGUAAAUAAUGUGAAGAGAUGAAAAUCUGCAGUACCCCUUCAUCUUUGUGAGCAACCAUUUUGAACUGAUCCAAGUCUACUCAUCUUACAGAGCACCAAUCUUUUGAUCAAAGUAGCAACAUACAGGAUAGUUAAAAUAACAAUACAUUCUUCACCUGUGCAUUUUCACCACUUUAUAUUUC